UGGCGGCGGCGGGUCCGGUGGCAGCGGCAGGUGGCCCCGCGCGCGGCGGGCCGCCGGCCGGGGGCGGGAGGGAAGGUGGCGCCUCGGGCGGGGGCCGGUCCCUGCACCAGGUGACCUGUUCCGGCCGGGAUCCGGGCGGCCUCGCCAUGCAGUGGCGCGGCGCGGGGCUUUGGUGGCCACGGCGGCGACAGCAGCAGCAGCAGCAGCAGCCCCCGCCGCCCGCUUUCGGUCCCCCGGCCGCAGCCAUGGUCCCCCCGAGCCGCGGUGUCUCCCCGGGCCUCGGCGGCCGCCCUACCAGCGCAUUGCUCUUUCUCUGCUACCUGAAUUUUGUGCCAUCGUUGGGCAGGCAGACUUCCCUGACGACAUCAGUGCUGCCCAGGACAGAACAGAGCACAACGUAUGCAGACUUUAUUUAUUUUACUGCCUUUGAAGGGAGCGUGCGCAAUGUCUCUGAAGUCUCCGUGGAGUAUUUAUGCUCUCAGCCUUGUGUUGUCCAUUUGGAGGCGGUUGUCUCCUCCGAGUUCAGAAGCAGCAUCCCCGUGUACAAGAAGAGGUGGAGGAAUGAGAAGCAUCUUCACACCAGCAGGACGCAGACAGUGCACGUGAAGUUCCCGAGCAUCAUGGUGUACAGGGAUGACUAUUUGAUCAGACACCCCAUCUCGGUGUCCACGGUGAUUCUCCGAGCCUGGAUUACUCACUGGCACAGCGGCGGGGGCUUGAACGUCCGAGGGGAGGAGAAUUUGCUGCACGCAGUAGCGAAGAAUUACACCCUGCUGCAGACGGUCCCGCCUUUUGAACGGCCUUUCAAAGAUCAUCAGGUGUGCCUGGAGUGGAACAUGGACUAUCUCUGGAGCCUCUGGGCCAAUAGGAUCCCACAGUGUCCUCUGGAAAGUGAUGCAGUUGCCCUCCUCAGCUUCCCCUAUGCUUCCAGCGGAGAAAACACAGGCAUCGUGAAGAAGCUCCAAAAUUUCCAGAACAGAGAGCUAGAGGCCACUCGAAGCCAGCGCGUGGACUACCCCAUGGUCACCAUUUCACUGUGGCUUUAUUUACUCCAUUAUUGCGAGGCCAGCCUCUGUGGAAUUCUGUACUUUGUUGAUUCUAAUGAGAUGUACGGCACGCCUUCUGUGUUUCUUACGGAAGACGGCAGUUUGCACAUUCAAAUGCAUCUCGUCAAAGGAGAAGACCUGGCUGUAAAAACCAAGUUCACCAUCCCAUUGAAGGAGUGGUGCCGACUGGAUAUCUCGUUCAAUGGAGGCCAGAUAGUGGUCACUGCCAGCAUUGGAUGGGACUUGAAAAGCUACCAUAAUCAGACCAUUAGCUUCCAUGAAGACUUCUAUUAUAACGACACAGCUGGCUACUUCAUUAUUGGAGGGAGCAGGUACGUGGCCGGCAUCGAAGGGUUUUUUGGACCGGUGAAAUACUAUCGCCUCCGCAGCCUACACCCGGCACAGGUUCUUAAUCCCUUCCUUGAGAAGGAACUGGCUGAACAAAUCAAGCUAUACUAUGAGCGGUGUACUGAGGUCCAGGAUAUAAUAUCCUCGUAUGCUGCAACAGUCCAGGUUGGGGGUGAGAGGCGAGAGACAUGUGACUUCCAUAACUCCUACCUGGACCUCAAGCGCAAGUAUGGGAGAGCCGAGGUGUGCAGAGGCUUGCCCUGGGAGAAGGAACUGAGAGACAGGCACCCCAGCUUGUUCCAGAGCCUGCUGCAAAUGGACCUGCUGACCGUGCCAUGGAACCAAAAUGACUCCGUAUUAGAAAUCGGUGCAAGGAUAUUUGAGAAGGCUGUAAAGAGACUCUCUGGCGUUGAUGGCCUUCACCAAAUUAGCUCUGCCAUCCCCUUUCUGAUGGAUUCCAGCUGCUGUGGAUACCAUAAAGCAUCCUACUACCUCACCGUCUUCUAUGAAACUGGAUUAAAUGGACCUCGGGAUCAGCUGCAGGGCAUGCUAUACAGUCUGGUUGGAGGCCAGGGCAGUGAGAGACUGUCAUCAAUGAAUCUUGGGUACAAACACUACCAGGGUGUUGACAGCUACCCACUGGACUGGGAACUGUCCUAUGCCUACUACAGCAACAUUGCUACAAAGACACCCCUUGAUCAGCACACACUGCAGGGAGACCAGGCAUAUGUUGAAACUAUUAGGCUCAAAGAUGAUGAAAUACUCAAAGUCCAAACCAAAGAAGAUGGCGAUGUCUUUAUGUGGCUGAAGCACGAAGCCACCCGUGGCAACGCAGCAGCACAGCAACGAUUGGCUCAGAUGCUCUUCUGGGGACAGCAAGGGGUGGCCAAGAACCCUGAGGCCGCUAUCGAGUGGUACGCGAAGGGGGCCCUGGAGACGGAGGAUCCGGCGCUGAUAUAUGACUACGCCAUUGUGCUAUUCAAGGGUCAAGGAGUUAAAAAGAACAGACGGCUCGCCUUAGAGCUCAUGAAGAAAGCUGCUUCCAAGGGAUUGCAUCAGGCUGUCAAUGGCCUGGGAUGGUAUUACCACAAAUUCAGGAAAAAUUAUGCCAAAGCAGCCAAGUACUGGUUAAAGGCAGAAGAAAUGGGGAACCCAGAUGCGUCUUACAAUCUUGGGGUCCUGUAUUUGGAUGGCAUUUUCCCGGGAGUUCCUGGAAGGAAUCUGACACUGGCUGGUGAAUACUUCCAUAAAGCUGCACAAGGUGGACACAUCGAAGGGACAUUGUGGUGUUCCCUUUACUAUAUCACCGGCAACCUGGAGACCUUCCCUAGAGAUCCAGAGAAAGCUGUUGUAUGGGCAAAGCAUGUGGCCGAAAAAAACGGAUACCUGGGACACGUCAUCCGCAAAGGUCUCAACGCCUACCUGGAGGGCCUGUGGCACGAAGCUUUGCUGUAUUAUGUUUUAGCAGCAGAAACUGGAAUUGAAGUGUCACAGACAAAUUUAGCACACAUCUGCGAGGAGAGGCCAGACCUGGCUGGGAGAUACUUGGGCGUUAAUUGUGUUUGGCGAUACUAUAAUUUCUCUGUUUUUCAAAUCGAUGCUCCUUCAUUUGCGUAUCUGAAAAUGGGAGACCUUUACUACUAUGGCCAUCAAAACCAGUCCCAAGAUCUGGAGCUGUCUGUGCAGAUGUACGCCCAAGCAGCCCUGGAUGGAGACUCCCAGGGAUUUUUCAACCUCGCCGCACUGAUAGAGGAAGGUGCUGUCAUCCCACACCACAUCCUGGAGUUCUUGGAAAUCGACCCUUCACUCCAUUCCAGUAACACCUCCAUACUCCAGGAGCUCUACGAAAGGUGCUGGAGUCUCAGUAAUGAGGAGUCCCUUAGCCCCUGCUCCUUGGCCUGGCUUUACCUUCAUCUUCGGCUUCUCUGGGGUGCCGUUCUGCACUCUGCCCUGAUCUACUUCCUGGGAACCUUCCUGCUUUCCGUGGUGAUCGCCUGGAUGGUGCUUUAUCUCCAGUAUAUCUCAGCCAGUGGCUCCUCUCCAGCACCAGCCUGGGUCUCGGCAGACCCCACCUCAUCCACCCCAAGUCCAGCUGUGCCUCCGGCUGCAGAUGCCUCCGACCACGACCCACCCAUGAUGGCUAACGGCCCUGAGCCUCGUGGGUGAACUGUGCGCCCCUGGUCUCUCCAGCUGAGAGACGGUCCUUUUAGCAGCUGGUUUGGGAAGGCUGGUGCCAGGCGUUACACUGAUAAAUACCUUAAAAGUCUUGUGAACUGGAUGCCAACUUUGCACUUGGUGUCUUUUUGUUUAUGUUUAAACAAGAACAUAGGCAGAGCAGACUGUAGUUAUCCAACAGAUUCAAGGGUUACCCGGAAAACAGGGGAAUCGGGGGAGGCGAGCUGAGGCUUUGGACUUUCCUUCCUGGUGACUGUUCUGGGAACCGCAGUCCAUAUGUGGAGCGUCCAUAUAGAGUCAUUUUUAAAAGUUUUAGUCUGUCUUCAUCCCCUUUUACCAGAGAAUAGGAACUUAUCUCCAAGGCUGACUGACGAUGCUUCAGUACCUCUGUUUGCCACCGCAUCCUGCUCCGCAAAAGCCCAGCUGGUUGCUCUCUGAGUCCCAAAUCCAGCAGCUAGAAGGAGCCUUGAGACAAACACUCCACACACAGGGAAGGCGAUAACAUUGUACAUUGGUUUACAUUUUUUCCCCCUGUGGAUUUUUCUAGAGGUCAUAGUGCUUCCAAAUCAUUUGAUGACAUUAUUGGGUAUCGUUUAUGUUUCCAUCAUAACACAUGCAAUAACAUCUAGGAAAUCUUUACCGUUUAAGUGUAGUCUGCUUCCCCAUGAGUCACCAUUAGAAUAGACUGGCAGCAAUGGAAUACGCAGACAAAAAACAAGCUGUUAGUUCAUAGGUUCAUCACCACCCCUUAUGCCUGCCUGUGUCUGUAUAGGUGUGUGUGUGUGAGAGAGAGUGUGUGUAAGAGGACAAAAAAAGAACAGAGUGUCUGUGCACUGUAUGCUGCUACAGUAGUAAAUAAAUCAGUAACGCAAUACUGUGGGUUCAAACUAUCUUUGCACUACUUUAUUUACAGUAGUAAAUAAAAUUAUUUUUCUACAGUUGA